AUGACCGUGAUUAGUCGCCAGGUAGGUAUCCACAUAACAGUCGUCAUCACGCAACUCUGCCUACCUAACCCAUCUGCCUGCCACCUCCCCUCCCUCCGUCCCUCAGCUAAUCCACCCCCAACCACCCAACCCUCCCUUUUCUCGUCCCCUCUCCCACCCUCCCUUUGGUCUUGCUGUGCCCUGCCACCUGUCCUGCUCUCCGCCGUCGUCUACCCCGGUGAGGUGGCGCGCCACGUGGGCGCCGCCGUGCUGGACGGUGACGUGGCGGCGGCGCUGCGCCUGCCAGCGUGGCAGUCUGUGCUGGAGCAGUACGAGAGGGCGUUUGAUGGUCCAGAGGAUCCCACUGACCCCGGCCUGCCGCUGCUGCGCCUUGAGUCUGUGUUGGAGCAGUACAAGAGGGCGUUUGACAUGCCAGAGUAUCCCACUGACCCCGGCCUGCCUCUGCUGCGCCUCGAGCUAUCUCGCGGUGGAGGGGGGCAUAGCAGCAUAGUUCAGAGCCGCCCGUAUGCCGCUGCUGGUGACACUUAUUUCGCGGUGGGGGGGGGCAUAGCAGCCCAGUUCAGAGCGGCCCGCAUGCCGCUGCUGGGCUACCUGUUGCUGCUCUGGGGGCUGCUGCGCCCCAUAUUGCUCCCUCACACCUACCCCGACCCAUCCAAAGUAGCCUCACGCCACCGAGGUAACUCUGGCCUCUUCAAGGUGCAACCACCGUCCAUCCAGCCCGCCUUCCUCAUCGGCUUGCUGCUGGCUUUCCUCUGCCUGCCCGGCGAGGGGGGCAGCUCAAAGAAAAUACUCAAGCAGGCAACGAUCAAGGCAGGCUCAGAUGCUGCCAAGGCGGAAAAGAAGACAAACUGA